UGCUAUUGCAAUUAGAAUAAUCUUGUAUAAGCAGACCUCAGAAACUCAAAUCACAAUCAUUCCCUAGUUACUAAGAAUUCACUUGGACCAUCAUCUUUCUUGUUCUCGAUAACACAACCAGAAAUGCCUAGGUGUAGGAUGUUGAGAAUUGGUGCUUUUAAAGUCUUCACUGGUAACCUAUGGUUGUCAGCCUUCGCUGAGUAUGCCGCUACGAUGUUCUUCGUCUUCGUCGUGAGUGGUGCUUCACUUCGCUGGGAAGGAACACCUAGUACACUACAGAUUUCUCUGGCUGCAGGCUUUGCAAUGGCUUCGGCUGUGCAAGCUUUUCGUUGGGUCAGUAGGCCAUUGGUUCAUGCCAAUCCCUGUGUUUCUGUGGCUGCGUUUUUGUCUGGCGACAAGGCGCUYGUUCCUGUGAUUAUUUACAUCUUUGCUCAAUGUUUUGGAGCCAUCACUGGAGCAGGUUUAUUGUACGUUCUCAGUCCCGCACACGCCCGCGGGAUUCUCGGUGCAACCAACCCUGCUACGGGAUUAUCGAAUCUUCAGGCUCUUGGCACUGAAGCCUUUCUAACGUUUUUCCUGGUCAUCACGAUGCUUGCCACACUGGACGCCACUAAAUAUGACCCUUAUGCCAGAUACGACGCAUCUGCUGCUGUUGGCUUGGCAACCGCCACCUGCUAUCUGAUUGGUGUCCCAUUGACGGGUGCUGGCUUAAACCCUGCGCGAUCACUUGGACCGGCGGUUUUUGCCAACACAUGGAAUGAUCAUUGGGUUUACUGGUGUGGGCCGCUGGUUGGCGCAGUGUUUGCAGGGUUGAUGUACAACAUGUUGCUUCAUAGUCGAUCCGCGUGGGACAAGCAUGACCCGCCCAGAGACAGUGAUGAGGUUUCAUUGACACACUAGUGGACUUGAAGGCCCAAACCCGUUAUUUAGUAUACGCCUAUUUCAAAAAACGUCGUCGGUCGGAGCUCUGAAAUCCGAGACAGAGUACGAGCUGCGAAAUAAAAUAUAUUCACAGCGGAACAACGUAGUUUUCUUUUGGAAUAUGAAAAAUGACCUUUGAGUUGGAAAUGUGAUUUUUCGUAUUUUAGCCAGAAACUUAAACAAGCACAAAAUAUCCGUUUAGUCUCAGAUGGCCCGUUUCAGAUCUCAGACCAAUGUUUAAUUGAAGUGGGCGUAAAAAGACAGAAAGCUAUUGAAAAAGUAUUACAACUAAUGACAAGUAGCUAGUACACUAAUGAAGCUAGGAAUGAAGUCUAAGGUCAAAACAGUUGCCAUCUUACGCGACCCAAUUUUCAGUUGUGAAUACCCACCACCUCUAGCAGAUAUCUUCAAAUUUCCCUAAAAUGAAUAGACCCCUUGCAUCACUUUGGAAUUUAGCUUAAUCUGGGGGACAAAACAAUAGGUUCCAAUUCUCAGGGGAUUGGAAUUCUUGUGUUUCCCCCCCAGAUUGAGCUGCUUUAACGUCACAUGCAAGGGGUCUAUUGCAGUAAUAAAUGUGAUAUAUGUUUAUGUGUAUACUAAAUAACGCAUUUCAACAGUUCUUUGAGGGGGAAGGGGUAACAAUAAACUUGGGUCCUUAUGGUGGACCAUUGUUUUGACUUAAUUUUUCUGCUCAACCUCGUCCCCAGGGCCCUCUCUCUCCUCGUCGUAAGAGGGUCCUAGAGACGAGCCUGUUUUCUCCUUCAACACCCUUCAUAGAUUUUUCUUUUCCAGUUAUUCUUUUGUGUUUGCUUUAUAUCAAUUACUGGUGUACUUUUAAUUAUAACUAUUUAGAUUCAUCUUUUACAUGCAUACACAUAAUGAUAAACAAAUCACGUUGUGAAGUA